GUCCAAACAGAGGCUAAAACUACUUUGCAUAUCCUGUUUCUCUGACUCAGAGUAGAUGACGGUUAUGGGAAGAGGAGGCUAGCCGAGCUGCUCUGCAUAGAUGCUCGUACUGAGGGACAAAACUACAAGCAAGAACAGAAAAAGGCUGAUAUCCAAUGAUGGACGGGUUUGCAGGGGACAUGCUGAGCGGCGGCCGGGCCCUGCUCGGCGAGGACAGCUCGGUCAUGGCUCGCAUGCAGAAGAAGUUCUGGAAGACCAAGCAGGUCCUCAUCAAAGCCACGGGCAAGAAGGAGGACGAGUACGUGGUGGCGUCAGACGCUGACCUGGACGCCAAGCUCGAGUUCUUCCGCUCGGUCCAGUUAACGUGCACGGAGCUGCUGAAGGUGAUUGAGAAGUACCAGCACAGGAUCACACGCUUGUCUCAGGAGGAGAACGAGCUCGGCCUGUUCCUUCGCUUCCAGGGGGAACACGAUCGCACAAAGGCUGGCAACAUGAUGGACGCCACCAGCAAGGCCCUGUGCAGCUCCGCCAAGCAGAGGAUGGCACUCUGCCCGCCACUGCACCGCUUGCACCAGGAAGUGGAGACGUUCAGGCGGCGCGCCAUCGCUGACACGCUACUGACUGUCACUCGUAUGGAGAAGGCUCGCACCGAGUACAGAGGAGCUCUGCUCUGGAUGAAAGAUGUCUCCCAAGAACUGGACCCGGACACCUACAAACAGCUGGAGAAGUUCCGCAAGGUCCAAAGCCAGGUCAGAGGGACAAAGAGCCAGUUUGAGAAGCUGAAGAAUGAUGUGUGUCAGAAGGUUGACAUGCUGGGAGCUAGCCGCUGCAACAUGCUGUCCCACUCCCUCUGUACCUACCAGACCACUCUGCUGCAGUUCUGGGAGAAGACGGCCCACGCCAUGUCGGGAAUCCAAAAGGCCUUCCACGGACAUGUGCCAUACCAGUUCACCACACUCAAGGACCUGCGAGACCCACUGGAGGAACUAAUAGACGCACAGAAACAAGAGGAUAAGAAGGAGAAGCCUCUGCAGAGCAACGCAGACAGUCUGGUGUCCUUGGAUGACGACAACAAGCCAUCAGGAAGUGCCUCUGGCGCAGACUCCACCCACGGCAGUGUUGGACAGAGCCAAACCGGUGACAGUGUGCACCAAAACACCACCAAACCUACUCCAGACCUGCACGACCUCAGAGGACUGUCGGCAAGCUUUGAUGACGACCUGAUGCUCACGGCGUGUGAUCUGCCACCGUCGCAGUUCCCUUUCCAGCGCAAUGAGCCCUGGGGGUUUGGAGGCCUCCAGUCCGGCCUCUCACUGCCGCCCGCCACCGGUGGGGGUCUGCUCUCAGGUGGUCCGGCAGGGCUGAGAGCGGAAGAGGAAGACGGAGAACGGGGCGACAUGGCUUUCCUCAAAGACCUCCUCAGCCCCGGCCCGGGGGCCAGCGACGAGUUCAGCAGAGAGUGGCAGGACGCUUUCGGGCUGUUCGACACUCCAGGCAGUCCUCCACCGAGCACGGGAGCAGCGAGCAGUGAGCUGGCAGCAAGUAGUGGGCCGCCGCGUCCGCUCUCAAACCCCCCCAGCCCCACAGGCUUCCUGCCCUCCCAGCUGCUGGACCACAGUCUGAGCUCUACAGGCUGGUCAACCCCGCCCAUGUUCCAGGCUCCGCCCCUGCAGCCUCCUCCUGGUCAGAACCAAUCAGCUCAGCCGGCGCCAAGUUCAGCAGCUAACGCUGCUUCAGGUGGAUCCAAAGACAUGUCUGCCUGGUUCAACCUGUUCGCAGACCUGGACCCCCUCUCCAACCCCGACGCCAUCGGGCGCUCCCCAGACGAGCUACUCAACGCCUAAAGCCCUGUCUGUGUCUGUGUGUCUGUGUGUCUGUGUGUGUGUGUGUGUGUGUGUGUGUGCAGCAGUGUAUGAUUUCUUUCACAGGAUCUGGAUGUCAGCGAGUUUCCAUGUCAACAAUCAAGUAAAAGAACACACACUAACAGUGAAAAACACACAUGAGCCUGCAUUUCGGAGAGAAAUGUGUACAUAUCCACACUUGCAUAUACAUAUUUGUCUUACACUGGAAGGUGUUAUUUUACACUGGAAAAGGAAAGCGGUUGUUUGUCGUCGCUAAACGCUCCUGGCUGCUCCCUGCAGCGUUGUAAAUGACUGUUAACACUACACGUGAACUACUGACUCAUACACGCAGCAAACCUCCUGCGGUUUGUGUCAGCUUUCAGUUACUGCGCCCUUUGUCAAGCUGAGAGAAUGUUUGGCUUCCAGGUUUGUUUUGGACCGCCGUUGUGUGUGUUUUUCUGUGCUUUAUUCAUGUUUGCGUUGUUUGGGUGUGUGUCGGUUUGCUGUGUGUACACAUCACGGGACCCAGGAUGUUAAAAAAAACCUCUAUAUACUGCUUAAUGUUGUUUAAACAUCGUAGCACAUGAUUGUCACGUAUGAAUGAAGAGCGUACAGUGCAUAUAUUUAUAUAUAUUGGACAUAUUGAGCCUGUAUUUGCACACAGAAACAACAUGUGAAUCUCAAGCUGCACCGGGGGCCUGUAUCACCGCUUAUCCAGCUAUCUUUGGACCUAACUCAGGUCUUCUGGUAUCACAAUGCUGACCCCUUUUAUCGGAUCACCAUUCCUGACAGUAUAGAUGCUUUUACACAUCUCUGCAGCGCAGGAUUAAAGGGGAACACCACCCAAAUUCCAAUAUGUUAUUUCCAUGACCGAGGAAAGUUCAAUCAAUAUUUGUGAACAUGAGCUACUCUCUCUCAAAGCGAGAAACCAGAGAAGUAAAUCUCAAACUUGUGAUGUCAUCAAGUAUUAAAUGUGGAGUUGCCCCAUAGACAAUGAAUGGGAGACCAACAGAAUGUUUUUUUUUCUUUAUAGUUAGAUAAUGCUACUACAGCGCCACCUAUCGGCCAAAUAGCACCAAAUUUGACUUUGUCAGUCUACAGCCAUUAGUUUUGCAGGUAUUUGAUCAUAAACCAAAGUAUUGGAUAAAUUGUAAUUUUGACCUGAUGAUGGCUGUGAUACAGACCCCUGCACAAACUGUGGAUGUUUGAGACUCCACCAGAUAAAUAAUGUGAUGCUUUAUUGAUCCUUGUAUGGAGAUUCUCCGUUUCCUGUCUAACGGUCUAAAGGCAGCGCUGAACUGUGAGCCGUCUGUUCUCCGGAGAGGACUGAUGGCGUCAUAAUGACGGCCUGAUCUGGAGUCAGAUUACAGGCACAGCGGACGUUCACACUGUCCAAACUGUCCAAACUCUCUGUGGCUUUUGCGACACCAACAGCCUCUUCCUGUUUUUCCGUCAGUCCACCUUCAUCCCAGAUUCCACUGGCUCUGAAUGUAGUGUAAAAAUAGGACGCGUUUGAGUCCCAUCUGUCUUUCAGAUCUCACAAUCACAAGUCCAAGGCCAAGAAAAAUGUGUGAAGGAUGAAAUUUAUUUUGUUUUCUCUUGAAGGAAAAGUAGGACACAGGAUUGGAUUAUUUUGGGGUGGGUGGGUUAUUUAAGUCCUAAGAAUCUGCAAAUAAACGACACCUACGCUGCAUUAAAAUGUAUUUAUUUUCAGAUUAUAUCACUGUUUGCAAAAUCUCAAAAAAGUAUUUGUUGUGCAGUACACUGAGGAGCUUAAGUAACACUAAAUACUGUAAAAUACUGUAUUUUUAACUCUGUGUUGUGUAUUUUGAGAAUUCACAGAUGAAUUUUGGAAAUAUAUUAUUGUUUUAAAGGAAAAGAAUCAACACUGGAGAACUGUUACCACGUCAUAAAAUGGAUUUCUAAAUUAUUCUAUUUGUUUUUGAGGGAAAAAAACUACCAAGGCUGACAUUUUUGAAUGUUUCCGAAGAUGAAGAUGCAGAGUCGGGUUGCUAAAAUGUAUUUUAUGGAUAAUAUAUUGAAGUUGUCGAGAUGUGAAAAUCAUGUCCACAUGCACCAACUGAAACCAAAUCCUCAGUUAGGACAUUUUGUGCCUGUAUAAAUCACACUCAAUGGAGCCAAGUAUGGAGGACGAAACCUGCCAAAAUCAAAAAUCAAUCAAUAAAUAAAUGACUUGAUAAGUAAAUAAAUGACAUUAAAUGUAGCAAAAUAAUAUUAAUUAAUUGAUCAAAUGUGACAUAAAUUGAUAUUUUGCACUUGCAAUAA